AUGGAGCACAUCGAGGAGUCUUCGCCCCUCCGGAUCACCCCGACCGUCCGGGCGCUGAGCUCCGCACUGCGGGGGAAGCGUGAAAAUGUCCACGAUUCCAGGCGGGAAAACGGCGACAGGAUCUUCCCAGAGCCGGAGAAGCUUUGGUUCAAGGAGAGCAGCGCUAAAAACCUGCGUAACAGGGACUUCUUAUCGCCGACCACGAUGCUCAACACGCUGUAUGCGGAUGGACAGGUCCCUCCAGCAGUGAUGUCCAGAGUGCUGUCCCUCUGUGGCAGUGGAGUUCUCCCUGUGGCUGGUGGGGAAGUCAUGGGUGAAGGGUUGAGGGUGAGGGUGGACCGAGCCGCAGCCUUCAAGGCUGUCCUGGCAGAUGGAGCCACAGAGUACCUGAAGCCCUCGAGUCAGAGGCAAGGCUGUGUGGUGCUCAACUGCCCGGCGCUGCACCCUAAACCCAACACACCCACUCCUGAUACACUGACUCUGGGCCAGCUGAGGACUGUGCUGUUGGCUGAUCACAUGGGAGCGCUGUUGAGAAGACAAGGAUUCACAGUGUCCUAUUGCCCCACACUUCCCGAAGACAGCGACAUCAUCACCUUCCUCCGAGCUCUUGGCAUCGACUGGCCGACAGCUCCAGCCAACUGGACCAACGAGGAGCGGGAGGAGAAGAUUCAGGAGGCGCUGGAGAACUCCCCGUACAGAGAGAGCGAAAUGGAAAGAGGCAGGAGAACAAGUGGAGGAGGAGGAGGAGGAGGAGGAGGGAGGAAGGCAGAGGAGGGGGAGAACGAGGGAGCGCUCAGGGUCAACCUGAAACGAGUGUUCCAGGAGGAGGGGCUGCUGGGAUACGACCCCAGCCUUGGUACCUGCACAGUACACAGAGACAGUGUUUCCCACCUGGCGCAACUGGACCUAGCCACUGCCGACUGCACAGUAGCCAUGGCAACAGCGUUACAUGUGACUUCCUGUCAGGAUGAGUUCCGCCAGCAGCAGAUAGCAGUGCUGUGGAGAGCCAGUGGAGUGACACACACACAGAGACAUCUGGUGUGUGGGCCUGUGAAGACUCCUGGCUCUCACCUCACCGCUGCACAGUAUCUGCAGCUGAGAAGAGGUCAGAUGAAGGAGGCCUCAGAGAUGAAGUAUGGAGAUCAAGUAGAAGGUCAGACGUGGGAUGACAUCAUCAGGGUCAUGACCUCUGCCACUGUAAGAUUUGAGCUGCUGUCAACGGUCCACACCAGUCCGGUGACACUGGACGUCCAGAGGGAAGGGGGCGUGUCCACCAAAGGGCCCAGAGGAGGAGUGUUUGUGAUGUAUAACUGUGCCAGGCUGCACACUCUGUUCGACAGCUACGAGAGAGGAGUGGAGAAGGGUCUGUACCCAGAAAUCCCUGAAGGCUCCCAGCUCGACUUCUCUGCUCUGAAAGAAGAGGGCGAGUGGCUCCUCCUGUUCAAUUACCUCAUCCCGUUCUCCGAGCUGCUGGACCAAUCAGGACAGGCAUUAGAUUGUGAAGGGGGAGGAGCCAGAGUCAAUAUUAAGACUGAACAGAUCUGUAAAUUUCUCGUGUCUCUCAGUAAAGACUUCAGCUCGUACUACAACAGAGUCCAUGUGCUGGGGGAGCCACUGCCUCAUCUCUUCAACCAGAUGUUUUGUCGUCUGCAUCUGUUGAGAGCGUUGAGAGAGCUUUACCACAGCGCUCUGGACAUACUUAACCUUCCCCCCAUCAGGCAACUAUAGCCUCGAAAUAAUUCACUCAUCCUGUGAUCACUGUUGGCCCUAUUGUCCCAUCAAUCUCACACAAACACACUCUAACCUAUGUUGUUCAAUUGUAGCUUCACGUUUAGUAAUGACAAUGUAUUCAACUACAACACACAGUCACCUUUCCCUGUUUGUGGCAAUGUUACAGCACAGUCUGUGCCCACUGUCAGUGUAGCUGGCCUUACUGUAAUUGUUAAAAUAAUGUAAUGCGACGACAGUAAACCCUAAACUCUGCAUACUGAGCUCAGCUCGAUCUGGUCGGGUAGAUUUUCCUGGAAAUGUUGAGCUGUUUGCUAGUUGAAGAAAUAGUUUGGUGUUUCAGGAAGUAAGCUUAUUUGUCUGUUACUGACAGUUACAGGAGAAGUUUUAGUCCUCUCUGACGUCUUUACAGUAAAUAUGUAGCUACUGCAAAGAGUGUAAAAAUCAUUAUGUGUCGGACUAUUUUGUGAGUGGGGUUAGUUGCCUGGAGACAGUAGUAAGGUAAUGGUCCCGGUUGAGAAAUGUCUGACACAUGAUCCCUUAAAACAUUGUGUUGUUUUACACUUUGGUCUUUCUAUGUAUUAAACAAGCCAAUUAAAGAACACUGACAUCAUGUUGUCAUGGUGCUUUUGAGUUUCAGCUGCUCAUAUUCACUGUACAUAUGAGAAAGUGGUAUCAAUCUUAUCCUCCACUCUCUGUAAGAAAGCAAAUAAGCAAAUUAUUCCCAAGAUGUCAAACUAUUUCUUUAAGUUUGAAUUUGUUGCUAAAUCUAAAUUUUCCCCUUUUAUAAGUAUACCAGGCAUCUGAAUUUCAACAGCGCAAUAGGCCAAAUCUUCAGUUAGCAAAGAUGAGAUGCUUUUUCCUGUUGGAGCCCUUUGUAAUUUUAAAUUCUGCUCUAAUCAUGUGACCAUACAGGACAUUUAUGUGCCCUGUGACCACAAACGUUUACCCCCCCCACACACACACACCCACACACCCACACACACACACAGAGUCACUAACAGUCUCGUCUUUGAAACACGUGUGUCUUAGUCACUGCCUGAAGAAAAAAUGCUUUUAACAAGCCUUGUUCAGCUGUUGUAAGCCCCCAUCAUGUAUGUUAGCCACCUUGUAUUUAUCAGUGCCACACAAAUAUUUAUUGUUAGUUAAAAAAAGAGAUCUGUACAGAAUAUAUAUUCUGCAUAUGAGUCUUAAUUGCUGUGAUCAUAUGAUUAUUCAGAGCCCUCCAAUCACACCUAUCCUGCUUGACAAAUCACAGAUGUUCAGUAUCAGACCACAUGUACCAGAUAUAACCGGUGUUCAUAAGUUAUUGACAAAAACAGAACAUACGCAGCAUUUAGGGCAUCGUGCCAUAAUGUUAGGAAAUGCAUGAAAUGGCAUGAAGAAUAAUAUAUGUGAAGAGUUUUAUGCCAAAAAUGUUAUUUAUAAAUUUUGGUAAUGACCUAGAAUCGAUCCUUGAAAUGUGAAAUGUGUUGCCAUUUCAGUUACCUACUGUCUGUUCAAACGUGCCAUAGCUUGUUUUGACUUUAUGCUGCACAUUAUUUUGUAAGUUGGUGUUUUUCUUUUUUUAAGUGAAGAUCUCAUGUUAAAACAGAACAGCUAAUGUACACAAGUAUCAAAUAUCUUACUCACUUUUCACUGCAUGAAACGUUGUUUGACCCCCUGCAAAUGUUGCUUGUCCCUGAAAGUCUAUGGAUUUGUUUUUUACAGACUUUGUUUACAAUAUGCUGAUUAAUUUACAGUGACUGUCUUGUUAACUACAGCUGUACAGUAAUUACCACAGUAUUAAAGCAGGAGAGAUGCAGGUUCUUGUCCUACCUUAUACUGUUCACUGUCUCACUGUAUUUGGAAACAGCUGUAAAUUAUAUAUAUAUAUAUAUAUAUAUAUAUAUAUAUAUAUAUAUAUAUAUAUAUAUCAUAGUUACAGUAUGUUCACUUUAGUCAUUGGCGUGUUUCUCCCACUGCAGUGUUUUCAUCCCUUAGGCCUCAACAUCUCUGGCCUUCCUCUCCCAUCUCCCGUUCUUUUCUCCCCCUCUUUGCCACCCCAACUCCCAUCUCUCUGCUGAGAGCCCUGAUAUCUUCUUAUCCUGCACUGUAUUAUAUACUCACAUUCUCAGCUUAAAGGGAUAGCGCACCCAAAAAUGAAAACUCAGCCAUUAUCUGCUCACCCAUAUACCGAGGGAGGCUCAGGUGAAGUUUUAGAGUCCUCACAUCACUUGCACUUUUGUAGAACCCCUUCACCUGACCAUGUGUGUCGAGUUUCAUGUCAAUCUGACAUACGGUCAGAGAUGGGGGACUCGAGUCACAUGACUUGACUCAGUUACAUGACUUGACUCAAGUAAGACUCGAGUCGCAAAUAUGAUGACUUGAGACUUGCUUGACUAAUGUUGAUAAAAGACUCGACUUUGACUUUGUAUUCAUGACUUGAGACUUGAUUUUGACUUGAGACAGAUGACUUGAAAGGACUUGGCUUUAAUUCAGUAUGAAAGGCAUGCUAAGCACCUCUGGGCAUCACUUCUGUUUACAUUCAACAAUGUUAUCAAACACAACGGAACUAGCCCAUGUCUCACAGUCUCGCGCAAGCGCACACAUGUGAACACGGUGCCCAGAGAGGCAGUUAGAGCUACAGGCUACAGUGAGGCUAAAAACAGAGUUCAAAUGAUGUUUUUCCAAACAACUUUUUAUGUCGGGGCUUCAGGACACUUGGAUCACUACGGACGAGCAGUAUGGAGAUAUUUUGUGGUUUCAAUUAUGUGUUUUUGGACGUUUGAAUCUUGGGCGCCAUAAGCCUCCAUUAGCUGGAGUUGUGUUGCUACCUCCUCUCCCCUUGGAUCUCCGCAAGUGUUGUGAGGACUCUAAAACUUCACCUGAUCCUCCCUCGGCAUAUGGGUGAGUAGAUAAUGGCUGAAUUUUCAUUUUUGGGUGCACUAUCCCUUUAAGUUUGCCUGGCCUAAUUUUAGUGCCACUGGUUUUGGAGGUUCAAGUACUUUCCAUUUCCUUCAUAGAAAUGAUGAAAAUCUUAGCAUAAAAAGGUUUCAUUUGACAACCCAGCAGCUACAAGAUGACACAAAUGCUUUUAAAAAUUGGAGAAAAUAAUGCUUUUAAAGAAAGAACUGAUUAAUCAACCAACAUGGCCUCGUGACCAAUGUCAUCAGUUUCUUUUCUCCUGUCUCCUUCUUUUCUGUUUUCGAUAGUAAAAAAAAAAAAACAAAAUUAAAGGAAAACUUCAACCACAAAAUGAUAAUUUGUAAAUCAAUUACACACUCUGUGUUGAAAACUUUGUGUGUCUCGCAUUCUUCCACAGUGAACAAAGAAUCAAAAGACAAGUGGAUUUGUUGAAUUGUUUUAGAUAGUAAGGUGUUCGCAAAAAUGAAUGUGUUUGGGAAGUACUGAGAAUACGACUAGAUAAAAAAGACUUGGCUUAUACUGCAGGAGCUGUGUGAGUGUUUUGAUGUAGUUCAGCUGUUUUAUCCAGAACUUUUCUCCAUUUUGUGAUUCUUUGUUCACUGUCGAGGGGUGCUAGCAAAAAGUUUUCUUCAUAAAAUCAACAUAACAAGGGGAUGAGUAACUGAUAUACACAUAGUCAUGUGGGUGGUGAAGUAUUCCUUUAAAUUCUGAUAACGAAACCUAACAAAAAUCAGCGUAACAACCUCGCACAAGCUGGCAAAAUUCACGCUCAACUUCACAUGACAUUCCCUUCCUUCCCUAAAAAAUUUCAACAUAUGCCUCUGAGUCUUACAUGUAUUCGUCUAUCUGAAUGUAACACUGUCAAACUCUCUCCUACACACAUCUGUCCACCUACAGUUUCUGUGUCUUUCCUGUCUGCAGAAUUAAAAUAACCAUGACAGAUUCUCCCGCUGUGUGUUUGUCUCUGAAAGAUGUACAUACUGAUACUGUUAUUCUAUAGAUAACCCGCCUCAUGCUCCACAGCAGCAUAAUGCCCUUAGGCUGCACAGAUCCAACAAUAACCCCCACACUGUAUGGAUAUACAGUACAUGCUGUUCACAGUGAUCCAUCACCGCAGAUUUGACCCUGUUAAUGUGACGUGCUAUUUGUCUUUGCCCCUUCUUUCUGUUUCCUUCCCUUCCUCUUGCUUGGAUACCUAACUUGCAAACUAAUUCUUUUCCUUCUGAUGAUAAUCACCUCCCUCUUUUGGACCUCAUUUAUAAAAGGAAGGCGCUGAUUAACGGCUGAUUAAAAGCCAAACAUUUGCUUCUUGAAAGUCAGAGUUUAUUUACGAAUUCAGUGGGCUACUUCACAUUUCUGCUCAGAUUUAUUGCAGGCUGAUUUUUUUCCAUGAAUCCUGUGGACUGUGGUGAUUUAAUUUGCUCUAAUGAAAUGGUUAUGCUGCAGUGUACACGGAUAAAGUGAGAGGAAGUUUUGAUAUUUUAUAAAUGAGGCCCCCUGACGGCUUUAUAAAUGUACAUGUAUGCUGAAUCUCCUUGCUGCUUUUUUUCCCCCAUCUCCUCCUGUA